GAGACGGACUUUUGGUGGACUGUGAACUCGCGAGAUGAGUCCGACUGGCCGUGGGUCUUUCCUGUACUAAUGUUUAACUUUCCUUCCUACCACAUCUUAGGUUAAUAUAGUGAGAGUCUCCCCUGUUCAGAGGUCAAAUGAAAGCUGUAAUUCUCGCCGCCGGGUACGGAACCAGGCUCCAGAGGGACGUGGCUGCCGACAGCAGCGGGAGGUUCGCUCACCUGGCUGGGACCGCCAAGCCGCUGCUGCCGGUGGGCCGCGGCGCGCUGCUCUCUCUCUGGGUCCGAGCCCUGACCGCGGCCCGCUGCGUGGACUGCAUCCAUGUGGUAACCAACGCUGUUUACCAUGCUGCGUUUGAAGAGUGGGCAUCACAUUUCACAAAUGUCAAGAUUCUCAGCGAUCAGACGACAAGCAAUGAAGGCCGCCUCGGGGCUGUGGCCUGUCUGCAGCUGGCCGUCAAGCACUUCAACAUAGAGGACCAUGUCUUAGUUAUUGGGGGAGACACGCUGUUUAAAGAAGAUUUCAGCCUGAAGAAAGUAAAGGAGAGGUUCAAUGAGCUCCAGGCAGAGAGUGAGGACAGCUGUCUGCUGCUGUCCUACCAGUGCCAAGAGGAGGAAACGAGUAAAUACGGGAUAUUGGAAGUAGACGGUGAUCUUCACGUCCUCUGUAUGAAGGAGAAACCUCUUCCUGCGGAGACACAGUCGAGGAGAGCAUGUCCCUGUUUCUAUAUGUUUUCAAAGAAAAGCCUUCCUCUGUUGGAGAACUUCCUGGAAGAAAAGAAGGAGGCUCCCAUUGAAGAGAAAGAUGCCCCAGGAAACUUUGUGUCCUGGCUCAUUCCCAGGAAGCCAGUAUACAUUCAUGAGAUUUCUGGGCGUUUUGAUGUCGGAAACUUGCCGUCCUAUAUUGAAUGUGACCUGUACUUCAGAGAAACACUUCAAGAUGUCGAGUCUUACAUGGUGUAGAGGAAACAGAGAUGAACUGAAGCACCAUAUUUAUUUUUGCCAUGUUCAAAAAUGAUCCAAGACCAGCAGAUAAUCAAUCAAUAUUCAACUAUUUGUCUGUCACAUUAAAUCAAGAAUUGUAACUGUAAAUAAUGUCAUUUUCCAAUUAAUAUUUUCUAUUAAAAAUUGAUUUUUAAAGUCUCUUCAUUA